AUGAGUUUGAGUGUUGUCUCUGUGGAUCAGUUUGUAAACUUUGCCCUAUCAAUAGCAUCGAUGAAGAUUUCCGGCAGGCCAAUGUUCCAGACGCCAAAGGCAAUAUGGAUCCUAAGGGGGGUCUAUCUAUGUUCGAAUCUUAUUCAACUUAUGUUCUCUUUCUAUAUAAUGCGAAAGAUCAAGAAGACAAAUGAUUGCCGCAAGGUCAAGAUAAAGAAGGAGGCCUCUCUUUUCCGCGAUGGAAGUGAGGAGGAGGAGGAGGAAAUGACCUAUGCCAGCUACGACGAGUCUGAGUUGACCAAGAUCAGCAGGACAGCCGUAAUUCAAUUUUUGAUUAUCUCUGUGCUCCACUUCAAAUGGAAAGUCAUCCAGCCGCUGUUUGUCCAGUCAUUUGUGCCGUUAAGAAACCUCUUUCUCAGCCCUCUCUACACUGCAUAUGUCUGGAACAGACCUGUUCUAAGGCCGUUUGAGGCGAACAUGCUGUUCCAAAAGAUACCUGCUGCACCUGAGAAGAAGAGAAUCAAGGAAGACUGA